ACAUUUUCCGCAAAUAGAAGAAAUAUAAAUAGUUACUACGCGAUAUUCAAUAAAAAACAAAAUAAAUUAUUUCACAAUUUGUUAAUCCGAAAGUGAUUCAUUUAGAAAUCAACAAAACAUACAUAUAAAAACUAUUAGAUAAGGUUUUAAAAUAAAACUGCGAACAACCUAAAUAGGGGAAAUACUUGAGAAUAUUAUUGUAUUAUUAAAAACAAUUAAAAACUAACUACAGAAUGUCUGACGACGAAUCCUUUGUUAUAUUGGGCACAUCCCCAAUGCCUUCAAUCAACAGCAGUCAACCAGAAUCAGUUAACUCCUUUGACUCACUGCAGCGUAGUCAAAUUAAAAACGAGAUUAAGUUGGCAGUUGAAGACGUCUCUCCAACUUCAACUUCCUUUGACAAAGUUGCGGACAAUGUGGUAGCGGAGAAAUGUAAAAGUGCCGAUGCUUCCAUUGAAAAUAUAAAAACAGAAACUGAAGUUGUGGUUGAAAGCAAAGGCAAAGAGAGGAGCAAGAGUUUGGAGGAACGCAUGAAUAAAAGUGACGCACAAUCCAUACCACAGCCGGGCACCUCGGCUAACUCAUCAAUGGCUGCCAGUUUUCUAUUGGGAGAACUCAAUGCUGAUGUUUUAAAGACAAGCGUCUAUUCACAAUUUCCUAGCCUAUGCUCCAUGGAGGCUUGCGCUGAAGACGUUGUGAAAUUGCAAAAUAUGAUGUCAGAAUACGUGGAAUUGAAGCAUACUUUAUCUAAGGUCAGUUUGACAAUGAAGCAGUACUACGAGAGAACUACAAUAUGGAAAGAACAAAUGCAACGUACAGAAACAGAAUAUAAACAGUUAUUGGAAGAAUGUCACAAUCAAAUUGCUAUAUUACGCAAUGAAAAUUUGGAACUAAAAGAAGAGUUAAAGUCAAAAAUGGUUGACCUCAAAUUAUGCGAUGACAUACGUCAGAAAGAUCACGAAAAAUUAAUUUUGACGUUAUCUGAAAAAAGCUCUAUUAUUGAAAACAUGAGAACGCAAAUCGAAAAAUUGGAACAACA